AUGAGCACCCACCCACGAUACCGCGACGUCGUCGACCCUGUCGAAGGCGAAGGCCUACUAACCAACGAUGAGCGCAAUGGCUCGCUCGAACUAGCCGACGAAGGCGAUGAAUACAGCCUCCCGCACACCCCUUUCGGCAACCACGACAGCAACGGCAACUCGCCCCAACCACAGAGCCCACCCAAAUAUGGCUUCCGGCGCUUCCUCGCACGCUUCCAAGCCACCCAGCCCCGCACCAUUGUCAUACUCCUCGCCGUGCUCAUGUUCUGCGUCGCGACGAGCGGCAUGCUGAUUUUGAUUCCCCUGUUUCGGCUGCUGGAGGAUGCCGUGUGUCAUGUGCACUAUGGUGUGCCGCGGGGUGAGCCGAUUGAUGAGCGCCGGUGUAAGGGGGAUGAUGUGCAGCAGGAGCUGGCGUUUUUGGGAGGCGUGGCGGCUAUGGUGAACUCGUUUGUUGGGCUUGUUGCCGCGGUGCCGUAUGGUGUUUUGGCGGAUCGCAUUGGGAGGAAACCGAGUUUUGUGAUUGCGUAUUUGGGCAUGAUGAUGGCCUUUGCGUGGACACCGCUGAUUCUGGCUUUCGGGGACCCGUCACUCGUCAGGCUGUGUGUCUUUGGGUCACUGUUCUUUCUGUUUGGAGGUGGUGUUCCUGUGGCGUUGAACACUCUGCAUGCCAUUGCAUCGGACAUCAGCUCCGAGAGUAACCGGUCUACACACUUCCUCUACAUCUCCUUUGGCGCCGUUUCCGGUGGCCUAAUCGGCCCCAUCGCAGCCGGCCUCAUGAUGGAACACCUCGGCCCAUGGUUCCCCGUCCGCCUCGUCUUCUACGUCAGCCCCAUCAUCUUCACCCUCGUCCUCUUCCUCCCAGAAACCCUCCCGCUCAAACUCGAGGACAACUCCACAACAUCCGCCCCCCAGUCACAACAACCCUCCCUCGCCCAAAAAAUCCGCGACGAAGCCAACGAACUGGCCGUCUCCUUCCGCCUCCUCAAAAACCGCAACAUCGCCCUAAUCCUCCCGGCCUUCCUCAUCCAACCCGCCCUCUUCGCCGCCUACUCCUCCACCCUCGCCCAGCACAUCAGCACCUACUUCGGCUGGACCCUCGCUCAGACCAGCUACCUCCUCUCGCCCCUCAGCAUCCUCCAACUUAUCAUCAUCGUGCUGGUCCCCAUCCUCUCCCGUUUCCUGACCAACCCGGACGGCCGCUUCCAGUUAUCCGCUUUUUCUAAGGACGUCCUCCUCGCUCGUCUCUCGCUACUGUUGUUGAUUGCCGGAGCCGUCAUCGAAGGCUUCAGCCGUGAAACAGUACUCUUCAUCAUCGGUCUGGUCGUCGGUACCCUCGGUGCGUCACACGGCCCCAUGGCACGCGCUAUUGUCACAAGCUAUGUCGAGCCGCAGCAGACGUCUCGAUUAUACGCGCUGAUCAGCAUGCUGGAGACAGGCGGGAUCUUGCUGGGUGGGCCGGUGCUAGCGUUUUGUUUUAAUGUUGGCUUGGUGCAUAAGGGGGUGUGGGUUGGGUUGCCGUGGUUUUAUGUCGCAGGGAUUGUGUUGUUGGCCUGGGUCGCGUUGGUGUUUAUACGGGCGCCGAAGAAGAAGGUCGUGGUCGAUGGGGAGGAGGGGGGUGGAAACUCGGAUGAUCUGGGGUAUAUGUCUGCUGAGGAGCAGGUUUGA